AUGAAGAAUCAGAAGUUACUGAGCAAACCAUUCUUGACGUCCCUAUUCUUGGGAAUAGGCGGGUUUCUCUAUGGCUACGAUUCGGGUAUUAUUACACCGAGUUUAGCACUAAAAUCAUUCUUGAGCCACUUCGGGCAUCCUAACGCGGCGACUCAAGGCGCGAUUGUUUCUGUUUAUCAAGCUGGAGCUUGGCUUGGUAGCGCUUCAGUCGGAUAUUCAAGUGAUAGGUUCGGUCGACGUAAAGCUAUAUCGUUCGGAUGCAUAUGGGGAGCAAUUGGGGCAGCCCUGAUGGCUGGAGCAGCUCAUGUCGCCAUGCUCAUCGUUGGGCGUUUACUAGUUGGAUUUGCCGUCGGGACAAUAACGGGAGUCGCUCCCGUUUUUGGUGCCGAGAUUGCGAAGACUCAUGAAAGAGCAAAGAUUACGGCGGCUAACCAAAUGAUGGUCGCCUGGGGAUUCUUCGUCGCGUUAUGGACCGGUGUUGGCGAAGGUCGAUGGAAUAACCCCAAUCAAUGGAGACUCGGUUUCGCAAUUCAAGGUAUACCAGCGCUUUUGCUUGGUAUCGGUGUCUUAUUCAUCGGCGAGUCCCCGAGAUGGUUAUGCUUAAAGGGUCGUUACGAAGAGGCGAAGAAAGCAUUCGACAACUACCAUUACGACGGAUCUAACGAAGAAUGGUGCAACACUGAAUUCGGUACCAUCCAGAUCAACAUCGAGGAAGAGUUUAAGGCUCAAGGUCGUCUCACUUGGAAGGACCUCUUCAAGACCCCAUCAUUCCGAAAACGUCUUUUUGUUGGAUCUUUCGUAUGGGCAGCCGCUAUGUUGUCAGGCAUAUCGUUCGUGCAGUACUACCAGACUGCAAUUUACGCGACUCUCCAGUUUGGCCAAGACCAACAGCUGCUCGUCAGUGGCCUUUACGGCUCCGUUGCUCCAGUAGCUUGUCUCUUAUCCUUAUUCUUCGUGGAUAAGAUUGGCCGAAAGAAGAUCCUGAUAGCAAGCUCUUCGCUCCUGUCGCUUUGCUACAUGAUUAUUACCAUCAUUGCUGCGGUGUACCCUGCGAAGCCUGGAAUGCCCACUAACGCUGCUGCACAGAGGGGUCUUAUUGCCUGUAUUUUUGCAGUUUCAGCUAACUAUUCAGCGCUGCUCGGGCCUAUGACCUGGAUUAUUCCGCCUGAGGUGUUCACUACCGAACUUAGAGCAAAAGCAAACGCCCUUGUCCAGGUUAUUCACUAUUCUAUCAGCUUGGUUAUUACUCAAUGUUCGCCAAUUGCUCUGGCAGCUGUGGGAUGGAAAUACUACAUUCUUUUCAUUCUUACCAAUGCGCUUUGCGCCCUUGUGUUCGCUUUCGCAUAUCCAGAAACAAAGGGUAAAUCGUUAGAAGAAAUUGAUGAGAUAUUCGGAGACGUUAAGAUUUUCCAUGGAAAUAGCACCAAGUUGACGAAUGACGAGGAGAUCGCUGUUGAUACCUUGGAAAUUCGUGAUAAACAGGCUUGA